AUGCCGACCGGAAGUGUCGGAAUUAAGCGGGCUCGACUAGAUCGAUCAGUCGUCAUUCUCUUGGACGACCCGGAUGAUACACCUUCCCAUAAGGUCCAAAUCACUUCAGAAAUGGAACGAUUACAUCGACUACACGGUACUUCGCUCAUUCUCGAUGCUUGCCAACUGUUGAACCUUUCGUGCUAUGCGUCAGCAACGACCAUUUUCCACCGAUUCUAUCACCGAGUGUCCCUGAAAACCUGUUGUGUUUGGAGUGCUGCAAUGGCGAGCAUCGUGCUGGCCGCAAAGGUGGAAGAAGUUGCUAUCGCACUCCGGAACGUGAUCGCGACGUUCUCUCAUUUGUAUCGCAGACGUCGCUUGCUGGUUUCCUGCGAUCAAAGCGAGUUACGAGCGAUACUGUCGCAUCCCUCCGUAGCCGCAUCGUCCGUCAUGACGGAAACGGCUUCCUGGACGAAUGUGGAGAACGAACGAGCGAAGCUGGUAAACGUGCCGCCCAUUCUGUCUCCAAAGGGAUCUAUAUACAAAGAUUGGUUUGAUGCAAUUAUUGAUACAGAGAAUCAGAUUUUGCGUCAGCUGGGUUUUACGUUGCACUGGAUUCCCGAUCAUCGUCCCCAUAAGUUUCUGUCCUAUUUUUUACUGGCUCUGCAAAUCGACGAUGAGCUCUUUACACAGUCGGCUUGGAAUUAUUGUAACGAUUCAUGUCGGCUGGAUCUAUGCGUCCGAUAUCAGCCGGAAGUAAUUGCCUGCGCGACGUUGUAUGCGACAGCCUUAGAGUUUCGCUGGGAACUACCGAUGCAGCCAGAGCCGUGGUGGGCUGUUUUUUGUGGGGGAAAUUGUGAUCGACAUCUCUUUCGAGCCGUUAAUACUAUCCUCGGGUUAGUAGACAAAGCCAACCUGGAUGUUUGUGUGGCAUCGAAAGCUUUUGUCCGUUCGUUAGUUGACAAUGGAAGUUUCGUAGAUCCUGAUCACUUUAUUUGGUUCACGCUCGAGAAGAGAGAGGGUGGCGAAGGAAGCUUGACUACCUAG